UAAAUUGUUCCGAGGGUACAACCCGUCCAGUCUCUCUAAAACCCAGAAUCUUCUUCUCGCCCCAGAUCACAGGGAGGCGAGCAAAGCCAUCGAUUCCUUUCUCGACGGCUGAGCAAAUUUGUUUUCGAUGGCGGAUGAUGAACCUGUUGAUCAGAAAAAAUAUCUUGAGGAGCGUUGCAAACCAGUCUGUGUAAAACCUUUAUUUGAGUACCAGGCAUGUGUUAAGAGAAUCAAAGAUGACGAGACCGGGCACAAGCACUGCACUGGCCAAUACUUUGAUUACUGGUCCUGUGUGGACAAAUGUGUAGCUGAGAAACUCUUUAAAAUGCUCAAGUGAUUGAGGCUCGUCGGAAAGUGAGGUUUUCUUUUUCUGUUGCUACUGCAUCAUUCUGAGGCUGAAGUCGUCAUGUUGCAAUCGAAAUUUUAUCAGUGGACAUUAUUAUGUUAUGAUGACGGACGACAUUCACUACUUGGAAUAUUUUUUACAUAAAAAAAGAGACACGGACGCAUACAAUUGUGUGCCCAUUUUCUGCUGCAGACAGAUUUAUGUUAUCUUUUAUAUCAAUCUGCUUCUGUCAAAUGUUACAUUUUAUGCGACCUUGCAAGAACUUUUAACACCCAGUUUACUUGUGAA